CAGCUCAUCCGAACGUGGCCCGACUCCGUCAACUUUUGAUUUCAUUCGCGUUCGAGGUUUUGUCACCGCUACGUGGCUCGCGAUAUUUCAGUGCAGUUGUAAUUGUAAUUUUUAAGUUAAGUUCUUAAGGAUUCAAUACUCUAUCUGUCCGUGAUUAGUGCACAAAGCUCGCCGUCAACUCAACCGAAACGAUCCGCUUCCUGCAAUCACCCAUAAUGCAUCCAAAAGUUGCGCUCGUGUUCGCCCUGGUGGCCGUUUCAACUUCUCUCUGCCAGGCAAGUUCUUGCAGCAACCCGGAGGUUAAGUCCAGUUUCUUUUCCACUUCGGACGCCACUAUCGUCAGCCAGAUUGCCUUUGUGACCGAGUUCAGCCUGAAGUGCUCCAAUUCCGGAGCCGAGAAGCUGCCCCUGUUCGCCGAGGUCGGAGGAAAGCUGGCUCCAGUGGUUCGCGUUGGGGACAGCAAAUACCAGGUCAGCUGGAAUGAGGAAAUCAAGAAGGCUAGCAGCGGCAAGUACACCAUCCGGUUGUUCGACGAGGAAUCGUUUGCCGCUGUACGCAAGGCCCAGCGUGCCGGCGAGGACAUCCAGUCGGUGAAGGCUCUGACCAGUGUGGUGGUGAGCUACCCCGGUGCCUACAAAGGACCGUGGAUUAACUCUGAGAUUUUGGCCACUGGAGUGGUUGGAUUCGUGGCGUAUGUGGCUUUCUCCACCCGCAGCAAGCUGUUGGCGUGAGAAAUAGUAUGUGGUAGCAAAUUAGAGUCAGCAUCAAGUUUCUAACAUCAUCAUCAUCAAUUGUUGGAUUCAUUUUAUGGUGAGCAUUUUCUAGUUUUUGCGUUUUAAUUUUCAUUCAUAAUUGAUGAAAAAUGUUUUGUAUGAUGAAUUCAAAGAAGCUAUUGUAAUUUAACUCAAUUGGCACAUGUUCUAGAUGUGAUCCAAACAUGCUUCUUGUAAUUGGUUGGUCUGAUAUAAAUCGUAUGCAAGCUAGAUGCUUCGUGUAACAAAAAAAAGAUUUGUUUGUUUAGAGAAAGCCUAAUACUUAAGUGUAUCAUUCCGAGCCGGAGGCAAGAACUGAAUAAUAAAACAUGGUACAUAUAAAA